AUGGAGUCUCCCAAGCAGAAAUACUUCCCCACAUGGCAAUUGUUCCUUCUGGGGCUAUGCCGCAUCGCCGAGCCAGUCGCUCUGACCUCCCCCCUCCCGUACGCAUAUGACCUGAUGAUCCAUCUGCUGCGCAAUGGCGACAGCGGCAACGACGACAGCGGCAACGACGACAGCGGCAACAACCCGGCUGCGUUCUACGCCGGGCUCUUUGUGGCUGCUUUCUCCGCGGCGGAGACGCUGACAGGGUUCUGGUGGGGGGCGCUCUCCGACCGGAUCGGAAGAAAGCCCGUCCUGUUGCUGGGAUGCGCGGGCACGAUCUUAUCCAUGUUUAUGCUUGGCUUUGCGACCAGCAUCUGGAAGGCCAUUUUCGCAAGGGUGCUGGGGGGUGCCUUGAAUGGGAAUGUCGGGGUGGUUCAGACCAUGGUGAGCGAGAUGGUGAGCCGGUCGGAGCAUGAAGGUGGGCUUGACGAUGUAGCACGGGCGUAUGCUGUCAUACCGUUCUUUUUCAGCAUCGGAUGCACAAUCGGCCCGGCCCUCGGGGGGUUAUUGGCGCAGCAGCAGCUGAAUCUGGGAAAAGGUGGGCGUGAGCACUUUCUCUGCUUGUUGCUGCGUCAGUAUCCCUAUCUGCUGCCGAACCUUGCGUGUGCGGGUAUGGUUCUGUCCACGAUGGUGCUGGCUUGGUGCGCUCUAGAUGAGACCCAUCCGGAGUUGAGAUUGAAGCGCACAGAUGAACAACAGCAACAGGAACCAGCCCAGUCUGAAAGUUCGCCCCUCCUUCUGCAUCACCCGGCCAGUUCGGAUUCUGCUUCUGCCCGUGCCCAUGCGCCGACUGAGGGAGUUGCUAUCCCGGCCUUCUCGCUGUGGCGUCUGAACCGCAACGUCAAGAUGCUGAUCAGCGCCGUCUGCUUGCUGAGUGCACAUACCGUCACCUACAUCCAGCUGCUGCCCAUCUUCCUCCGGACCCCGCGCGAUCCCAGCGUGCCUCGGUACUACAUCGGCGGGGUGGGCGGCCUCGACAUGAGCCUGUCGACGGUGGGUCUGGUGAUGGGCAUCAAUGGGAUCAUCAGCCUGGGCAUUCAGUUGCUCUUCCCCGUGUGCACGGACUGGUUCGGCCUCGGCCGUACGUUGCUGGUCGUGACCUUCCUCCACCCGGUCGCCUACUUCUGCCUGCCCUAUCUCCCGUUCCUGCCGGCGCGCAGGUGGCGGCCGGUCGGGCUGUGGACCUGGCUGGUGGUGCGGAAUGUCUUCUCGUCAUUCAGCUACCCGGCCCUGUUGAUCUUCAUCAAGCGGUGGACGCCGGAUCCGUUGAUCUUGGGAAGGGUGAACGGGCUGGUGACGAGUGCGGGCGCGGCGUGUCGGACCUUCUCCCCCACUGUUGCGGGUCUGUUGCAGAGCAUUGGGGAAAACCACCAUUUCAGUGCGUCGGCGUGGUGGGGGUCCGGUGUGAUUGCUUUGCUUGCGGCGCUGCAGACAUGGUACUUGGAGCUGGACGGUGAGCAGGGGGUUCCUGAGGCUUGCUGA